GCAGUGUGAAUCUGGAUUCAUCGCUAAACACGACUCUUUUCCAUUCCCUCUGAGGCCAUCGCAAGUGGCGGACACUCGACGUCUGAAAAGUUUAUUACUGGUUGCUGUAGCUGUCAGGAAACGGUUGCGGAGGUGACGUAACACAAUAUGACGAUCAUCUGCCUAUGACGUUAUACGUGGUCUACCCGGUCGGGGGCGAUCAGCUGUGGUGCCUGUGUGUUGUACUCGUGUCCGCAGAUCAUAAAUUGCCCGACGACUGCAACCCAGCGCCCUUGCAAUGUCAACUACUGACGUUCCAGCGUGCAGCAUGCCGACGUUCACGCUGCACAUUUGUGAGGCGUGGCAUCGAAACAGCAUGUCAACACAACGUUAAAUAUGGUAUUGACUGCAGCAUGAUGUGUUUUAACCGGAAAUGUGCUUCUACAGAAUCAUGCGACCCAGAGACUGGUGCAUGUGAUGGAGGGUGUCAAGACGGAUGGAAAUUAUCAGACUGCACACAAGACAUCAAUGAAUGUGCUGAACAAAAUCCCUGUAAUGUCAAUGCCAACUGCACUAAUACAUAUGGAUCAUAUACUUGUACUUGCCGAAAUGGAUAUUGUGGAGAUGGAAAAACAUGUACAGCUUUUCCCCAGACAGCUGCUGCAGACACAGUUAACAUUGCUUGGCCAAUCACCACGGGUUUAUUGGUUCUACUUCUGGCGAUUUUAGUUAUCAUCGUAGUUAAACUUGUUAUGAUCGUUAAAAAACUACGGAAUUCUGCAGAGUCCAAGGUAACAUUUUCCGACCUAAAACAAAAUGAAAACCAAACUACAACAGCCGCUACAGUGUAUGAUGUUAGGGAUGACAGCACAGCCAUGAGUUCUGUCUCUGAACUUCCGAAAACUUCAUCUGCACAGAAACGACCAGUGCCUCCAGGAGAACAUGAUUACCAAAACGCACCACGAAUGACAAACAAUGACCAACAAGAAACCAGCAUGUAUGACAUACUGGAUAUGGACGCCACGGGCGACAGUUCUCCAUAUGAGAAGUUAGAUGUGUAAAAGAAGAUAUAUUUCUUGUUUGCUGCUAUUAUCUACCCAGACGUAUCUUAUGGAGUACUGGUACUCUGCGAUCAAAUGUGUAUUCAUGUGGCAGAUUAACGAUGGCUUUGAAAGGAUAAGUGUACAUAGUUAUAACAUUUAUGUUGAUUAAUGCAUAAACAAUAUUCAUAUUAUAUUGUAUUAUUAUCAUACCAUGGUCACACUUCACUGUAACUAUAACAAUAUCAAAUGACAAACAAUGACCAACAAGAAACCGGCAUGUAUGACAUACUGGAUAUGGACGCCACGGGCGACAGGUCUCCAUAUGAGAAGUUAGAUGUGUAAAAACAAAUCAAUUUCUUGUUUGCUGCUAUUAUUUAUCCCAGAAGUAUCUUUUGGGGCACUGGUACUCUGCGAUCAAAAAUGCAUUCAUUUGGCAGAUUAACGAUGGUUUCAAAAGGAUAAAUGUGCAUAGUUACAAAAUUAAUGUUGAUUAAUGCAUAAACAAUACUACGCAUAUAACAUCAUAAAUUCAUAUUAUAUUGUAUUAUUAUCAUACCAAUGCCACACUUCACUGUGAUAUAACACUAUCAAAUUUAUUAACAACAUUAAUAUAACGACAACUUAUAUUAUGAUUGUAAAUCUGUCAGGGCCAUAACGAGCCUAAAAUAACCAUGAAAUGUUAACAAAACUAAUACUUUUAAAUAUUUGUGACGGAACAUGCUCUUAUUUCUUUUCGCCUGUGGCGAUAUUAAUUGUUUUAGAGG